CAUCCAUCCCUCAACCUCAUGCGCUUCAAGGGACCUGCACCCUCCGAAACCUCACCAGAUCCCCUCAACCCCUAGCCCAACACCUCCAACACACCACCAUGUAUCCAUGACUGCCUUAUCAUAUAGACCAAAACCAAUACCACCUUUCGCCCCUCCUUAUCACCCACACCCACCACCACCACUAUCUAUCUAUCUAUCUACAGUAUCACUAAAUGGCCCACUGGCGGGAAGAAUACUCCGCCGCACUGGCAUCUCGCGAUCGCCGCGAGAAAGCCAACACCGCAUUAUACGAUGCCUACACCCAACUCGCCGACCGAACCGCAUCCACCACCACCACCAGCCUACAAACUCCAGCGGGCGAAGGUCCGCGUGCGACCACAACCACAAGACAUCAUGUACCUCCCCCAACCCCAUCCGCACCAACACCACCCGCCCCGCAACAAGAACAAGAAACCCUCCUCGCGUUGCUCGCCGCGGCGCAACGAUCCCGCUCGGAGCUGCAGGCCCAGCUCACCCGGAUGACGGCGGAGCUGGAGCGGCUCCGCAAGCGCCACGCCCAGGACGGGCGACGCCUCCAGGGGUUCGAGCAGGAGGUCGCGCAUCUGCAGAUGCGGUUGAAGGAUCGGGAUGAGGAGUUGCGGGGGAAGGCGAAGUUGUUGGAGGAUUUCCAAGACGAGAUGGCGUCGCUGAAUCUCCAACUGAAUAUGGCCGAGGAGCGGUCCGCGCGGUUCCAGCAAGAAAACCAGGACCUGGUGGAUCGCUGGAUGGCCAAGGUCGGGCAGGAGGCGGAUGCCAUGAAUGCGAAUUCGAGGUUCUCGUAGAUCUAGACGCCCCAGAGGUUAUGGGUGAGGGACGCGGACAUUACAGGGUGGGAGAUUUCCUUAUUUCACGCUGCCAGAAGAGUUUCUGCUUUGAUCAUUUCCCCGUACCCAAGAAGCAUCGGGCUGGGCGGGAUUUCUUUAGGAUAUGUGUCAGAGCUUUCUAUGCACAAUGAUACCCAUG